GAAGAGACCGCGGACACACCCGACUGUAACCACGCCUACUUCAGGCGGCACUACGCUGUGGGCGGGGCACCCUUUAUAAAGCUUCAGCUAUAGGGGCGUGUCUGACGCUCGCCCCGCCCCCCCAUGCUUAGCUCCUCGGCUGUUUUUGUAACGUGCCCGGACAGGUGACAGGCGAUCGUGUCCCGGAAGAGGCACCAAUGGUCGGAUUUGUAAGGCGCCACCUCGGCCACGCCCCGACCAAUCAGAGAGAGGGGGAGCGGAAUGUGCAGCCAAUGGGCGGGCGCGGGGCGGGGUCCUGUCACGUUGCACGGUGAAUGUGUGUUGUGUGAGAAGAUGGGGAGUCAGAAGGGGUUCGCGGUGUGAGGUGUGUGAGGCCCGAGCUGUGCCGCUUCUUAUCCGCCUGCUGCUCAUAGGAGUGUACGGUGUCACCGAGUCCUCGGGUACAACAUGAGGCGCCCUGACAGCUGCCACCAGGGAAGCAUCUAAUACCUUUGUUCUUGUGCCUCUGAAGCUGCUUAGAAAACGACAAGAAAACCACAAAUGCCACAAAGGUGGAAAUCUCCACUGAGUCGUUUUGUUUCACCCAUCUUAUUCUGGAGGUUAGAAGCCCAUAUACCAACCUGAGCAGUAUUAUUUCACUUCCUCCUACAAAAGUGUUCCAAAUUUUUGCCGCAGUGUGGGAGGGCGAUGUUCCGCCAGGCAUCAGUGUUAUAACACUUCACCGCCACCAUGACCACUGAGGCCCAAAGUGAGGUCUUGAUCCAAAAUGAGGACUGGUCUACAGCCACGAGAACGGAGGAGGGGAGUCCUCCCGAAAAGACAUUUAACUGUGAAACCCCCGAGGAGCAUAACUCUGAGCACCAUGAGGACAUGGAAAUGAACUCCAAUGGCUCCAAUGGCAACGAAUCCAGCGGCAACGACUGUAACGGACAUGAGUCUAGCGGAACGGAUUCCCAUGUGAACAAGUCCAACAGGAGAUCAAACUGCACCUUCCGAAGACCGAGCAAAUCCACCGGCAGCAGCAAUAACAGUGAACAAAUGGAGAGGACCCGUUCACACAAGGAGCUGAUGAGCAUGGUGCAAGAGAUGAAGCGGCGUCUCCCAGCGGAAAAAGUGGACCGCACCAAACCCAGUACUGUUGAUGCGCUGAACUACGCCUUGAAGUGUGUCCGUCAGGUCCAAGCCAACAGCGCCUUUUUCCAGGUCCUCAGUGACAAUGGCACGGCAAGAGUGGAGACGUCUGUACAUACACUUGAAGAUCUAGAAACCAUAACAUCAGAGCAUCCUCCAAAGAACACGGACACGUUUGUAAUAGUGUUUUCACUGACCUCUGGGAAGAUGGUUUACAUCUCCGAGCAGGCGGCCUACAUUCUGAAUUGUAAAAAGAAACUGCUGGACUCGUCGCGUUUUGUGGAGCUUCUGGCCCCUCAGGACGUCAGUGUCUUCUACAAACACACAACGCAGUGUCAUCUUCUUCCGUGGAACAUCGGAGCAGGGACAGCUUCUCUUUAUGAAUAUACUCAAGUGAAGUCGUUUUUCUGCAGAAUAAGGGGUGGUAAAGACCGGGAUCAUGAACUCCGAUACAAUCCCUACCGGAUAACUCCAUACAGCGUCAGAGUCCGCACCUCUCCCGAUGUCGAGCCCGAGCCUUGUUGUCUCGCUUUAGUGGAAAAGAUUCACUCAGGAUAUGAGGCUCCCAGAAUUCCCCUGGAUAAGCGGAUAUUUACCACAACCCAUACACCCGGUUGCGUGUUCCUUGAGGUAGACGAUCGAGCCGUACCAUUAUUGGGUUACUUGCCCCAGGACUUGGUCGGAACCUCCGUCUUAAUGUAUUUGCACCCCGAGGAUCGUCCUUUAAUGCUGGCCAUGCAUAGGAAAAUCCUGAAGUAUGCCGGGCAGCCUCCGUUCGAGCAUUCUCCAAUCAGAUUCUGCACUCAGAACGGUGACUACAUCACACUGGACACCAGCUGGUCGAGUUUCGUCAACCCCUGGAGUAGAAAAGUGGCGUUUAUAAUCGGUCGGCACAAAGUCAGAACGGGUCCCCUCAAUGAAGACGUCUUUGCUGCACGAAGCACAGAAAUCGGCAACGUCGACAAGGAAAUUAGAGAACUGCAGGGACAGAUCUACAAAGUUCUUUUGCAGCCUGUUCACAACAAUGGGUCCAGCGGCUACGGGAGUCUGGGAAGCAACGGUUCUUACGAGCAUUAUAUAAGCAUCGCCUCGUCUAGUGAUUCCAAUGGAAAUUGCGUGGAUGAGACACCCAAAGAACCGAUGACUCUAAAGCAGGUGUGUACAGACAUUAACCGCAUCAAGAACAUGGGACAGCAGGUAUACAUCGAUACAAGAAACAAACCUCAGCCCAAGAGACGGGAGGUGCUAGACAAAGCGGUUCAGAAAGCCAAACCUCAUCAAAACACUUUCUUAAGACCUAAUCAGGAGAAUGUGAUAGUGGACAGACAAGCAGCGUCAUCAUGCGACGCCUCCAGGAAGGGACAGCACAUCCCCUCCUACCAGCAGAUCAAUUGUGUGGACAGUAUUAUUAGGUAUUUGGAGAGCUACAACAUCCCAGCUUUAAAGAGGAAGUGUGAGUCCUCCACCAAUACCACCUCCUCCUCCGAAGACGACAAACAGGGUGUCCCUGGACAGAACGACUUGGAGACAUUGGAAGAUGUUCCAGAACCAAUCUCCACGAGUCAAUUGUCAGCAGAAUCGAUGGUCGCUACCGAUGUUCAGACAACAGCCGCUGUGGUGGGAGCUCCAUUGACCGACCUUACCCUGUCCAUCAAGGCAAUGAGUGUGGUUUCAGUCACCAGCCAGUGUAGCUACAGCAGUACCAUUGUGCAUGUUCCUCAGCCCGAAUCAGAGGUGACAGCCAUAGAAGAUGCAACGGGUGGUAGUGAACAGAUAGAUAUGAGAUCUUCUCAAGCCGCAGGGUCCAGUGUAGCCCCGGAGGAGUUUAAACAGGUUGGAUUAACCAAGGAGGUCCUGUCUGCCCAUACACAGAAGGAGGAGCAGAACUAUGUGGAUCGGUUCCGGCAGAGGAUCCUGCAGUCUCCGUACAGUAGCUAUCUACAGCAGGACAGUCAAAGCAAAGCCUGCUCCCAUGAACAAGGAAUACAAGGAGAACAUUCAUCUCGGCAAACUACUCCAGCGGCUUUGAAAAAAGGUAAAAAACAGGGCAAGCACAAAAGGCAGAAACCAAUGGAAUCAUCAGACAGUAAUGGAUCACACCCCAACCUACCACCACGACCAAGAAGACCAGGGCCUUCACCACCAUCUUGGCCACCGUCUGAAGUCUCUCACCCAAGUCCAUCAAACAUGGCUUUCCCAGCUCCGAUGAUGAUCCCAAUUCAGCCAACGUAUACCGUGCCUGGGUUCCAGCUCCCACACAUGGGCACCACAGUAGCCGGAGACUGUACCACUUCAUCAGUGGCUCCUGAAUCAAUACCACAAUCAAACUUUUCUUACAACAUGCAGCCAUUCCCAGCAUUCCCAUCCCCAUACAUGGGUCCAGUUGUAGCUCUGUUUCUUCCCAAUUAUAAUAUGUACCCACCUAUCAACCAACAGAUACCUCAGCCUUUCUUCCCCACUCAGUACCCUUGUCCACCACCACCACCUUCUUAUCCAUACACUGGAAUGCCAGCUGCUCCCCAGACUGUGCCAUCGCAAAUUCCCACAGACUUUGUGGACCCGACAUCCCGAGCGUCCUCUCCCAUGUCGGCAGAGGAGCAGCAGGACAUUCAGAGUGAUGAUCCACGACUUUUCAGUAACUCUAGAAGCAGUUCCCCAUUGCAACUGGUCCUCCUCCAAGAGGAAAUGCCGAAACCAGCAGAGCCUCCCGAAGGAACCACUGCCGAAACCAAAGCAGACAUUAAAUGUGCGGACACAGCAGAGGACAGCGGGAACAAUGACAGCCAUUCAGCAUCUAGUGAACUCUUUGACCUCUUACUACAGGAGGACUCCCAGUCUGGCACUGGAUCAGCCGCUUCAGGAAGCGGAUCUGCUAACUCCAGCUCCUUAGGGUCUGGGUCUAACGGUUCUACCUCAAACGGGACCUCAGGAAGUGGCAUAGGAAGUAGUAACAGCAGCAAGUACUUUGCUAGCAAGUCCUCUGAUACCUCCAAGAAAGGACAUAAACGUCAGGAGGUGGUGGAAUCCGAUUCUUUUCCCAAAGCUGGAGAAGACUCCAUAUGGACUAUGAUAGAGCGAACACCUACCCCGAUUAUGAUGACUUAUCAGGUACCCGAGAGGGAUAAGGAGACCUUGUUAAAAGAGGAUCUGGAGAAGCUGACCGCCAUGCGGAACAAGCAGCCGUGGUUCACAGAAGAGCAGAAGGAGGAACUGGCGGAGGUGCACUCGUGGAUUCGAACGCGCACAGUCCCACAGGAGAUAGACACUCAAGGAUGCGUCACAUGUAUAAAGGACACAGCAGAGAAUAAAUCUAACAAUGCUCUAGAAGAGCAGGCGAAAGUGAACAGCGAGGAAGACGCCAAAGUUACAGAACAAUCAACGACGCGACAAACUCCGUCCCUGAACAGUCUCUGCGAACCGGGAGAAAACACAACAAACUCACAAACUUGAAUUUUUAUUUAUUUUUUGUAAAUUAAGUUUUCAUUUUCUAUAUAAAAAGUUUUAUUUAAGUCCGUU